AUGAAGAAAUUUAAACGUGCGCAAGCUGAAAACCAGGCGUCAAUCCAGCGGUACUUGAAUAAAAAUACUAUUGAAUCAUCAAGUGACGACGACGACGACGAUGAUGAUGAAGAAAAAAUUAAUAACAACAGCGAACGACUGCAGCAAGCUGUUAAUAAAACUCUGUCGUCUUAUCAGUGCGAGGGUGGCGAUGGCGAAAAAACUUUGUCCUACUUGACUGAAAUCUUUCAAUCUGGAGGAGCUGUCUGCUUGAUUUGCAUUUCGACUGUCAAAAAAUCUGACCCUAUAUGGAGCUGUGGAACGUGCUAUUCAUUCAUGCAUCUUAUGUGUAUUCAACAUUGGAUACGGGAUAGCUUGAUGUACAAGCAUGAAAAAGGGAUUGAUAAAUUAUGGGCAUGUCCAAAAUGCCGUCAAGAGUAUUCGGAAUCCGAGGCGCCUACAAACUACUUCUGCUUUUGCGGUAAAACGAUAAACCCGCCUUACCAACCCUGGAUGAUUCCUCACUCUUGUGAAGAAACUUGCGGUAAAUUAUUACAGCCUGAAUGCGGACACGUAUGCGUUCUGCUCUGUCACCCAGGACCAUGUCCACCAUGUCCAAAAAUGGUUUCAACCAGCUGUUACUGCGGAAAGAAAGGUGCGCAACCUCGACGGUGCAACGCUAAAUUCUGGAGCUGCGGAAGCCCGUGCGCCAAAAAUCUUCCUUGCAAGCAUAAGUGUCCCGAAAUUUGUCAUUCCGGAGCAUGUCCACCUUGUAUCAACUCGGUAACAGUUCCCUGUCACUGCGCGGACCAAAUUGCCACGCGAAUGUGCCGAGAAUCUAUAUGGAACUGCGAAAAACUAUGCGGUAGAUUAUUACCAUGCCGAAUUCACAAGUGUUCUGGAUUCUGCCAUCUUCCCACAGACUGUGGUGAGUGUCCAUUAGCUAAAAACCGCACUUGCCCGUGUGGAAAGAAGCGAUACCAAGUUUCGUGUACGCAACCUACUGUACCGACCUGUGGCGACACUUGUAACAAACUACUAGAUUGCAAAUCCCACUUCUGCAACAUGCGCUGCCAUCCUGAUGCCUGUGGUCAGUGUCUAGAAGUAGUAACCAAACAAUGUCGCUGCGGUAGCUUUACCAAAGAGAUAGCAUGCACAAAAGACUUCCAUUGUAACAAAAAAUGCACCCAAAUUCGACAAUGUGGCCGACAUCCGUGCAACAAAAAAUGCUGCGACUGUAUUGCGACCAACAAUUACAACGUUUGUGAAAAAACAUGCGACAAUCUGUUGAACUGCAGAAAGCAUAAAUGUCCGGCUCGGUGUCACAGCGGACCUUGUUAUCCUUGUCCUAGAACAGUAGUCAUUCAAUGUCGCUGCGGCGGGUCUCAAAUUACCGUUCCUUGCGGAACGACAAAGCGAAUCAAGCCACCAAAAUGUACAAAGUUAUGCAAAAUUCCACCCGACUGUCAUCACACCAAACGCGAAUCCCACAAGUGUCACCAAGGCCCCUGCCCACCUUGUCGGAAAAUAUGCGGCUUGGUGUACAAAAAAUGCGGACAUGAUUGUAAAGUAGUUUGCCACCAAAAUGUCUGGGUCAAAGUCCUUGUAAAUGGGUCCCAUCAACCAGCUGGUCCUUGGGAGACUCCCAAAGAAGCUAUGCAGCUAAAAACUUUUCCCUGUCCACCUUGUGAAGUUUCUGUGAUGGUGACUUGUCUUGGCGGCCAUGAAACAAAGCCCUGGCCGUGCUACAAAGCAGUACCGACAUCUUGUUUACGCGAGUGCGGACAGUUGCUGAAAUGCAGCAACCAUGCAUGUGAAUUGCUUUGCCAUAAAUUGAACGAUGGUCCUGGAAGCAAUGAACUUUGCAAGCAAUGUGAACUUCCUUGUUUGUUACCCAGACCACAAGGUUGCUCCCACGCAUGUCCGAAACCUUGUCAUCCAGCGCCUUGUCCAGCUUGUAAACAGAUUGUCAAAAUUCCGUGUCAUUGUGGGAUCAAUAGUCUCUACAAACGCUGCUCGGAGCUGACUAGCGCCACCCUUGAUCAGAAGAAUGAACUACUGAAGUGCGGGAAUCAGUGCCCGAAAAAUUAUGCUUGUGGGCAUCGAUGUAUUGACAAUUGUCAUCCUGGAUCGUGUCGCAGUAAAGAAAAUUGCAACAAACGCGUUAAGAUUACGUGCUCUUGCACGAGAAUCAAGAAGAACUUUAUGUGCGUUGAUGUUCAGAAAGGCAAUGCAGUUGUUGCGUGCGACGACCACUGCGAGGCGCUAAAGAUUGAGAAGGAGAGACUUAGGGAGGCUGAGUUGGAGAAGAAGAAGCGGGAAGAAGAAAUUAAAAAUAGAAAAGAAAUUGAAAAGUUUGAACGCAAGUUCAAGCCCAGGCGUAAAAGUGUUAAAUCGGACGAAAAUUUGGACCAAGGUCAGAAGAAUGAUUACAUUUUUUUAAAGUUUAUGAUACUGGGAGUUUGUUUGACUCUUUUGGCGUGGAUUACUACCGUAUAUUUCAAUCAAUAA